AGAAAGUGACGUCACGCCGCGACGCUCCAGUCAACAACUCAUAUGUCGGGACUUUAGUUGGAAACAAGUGGAGAAUAUGACUGUCCACAUACCCUGCAGUCUCUGAAGAACCCGUCUACGAGAUAGCCAAGUGGCUUGGUUUAUCCUACUUUUACUUUCAGUCCUUUUAUAAAGUUACUUGGAGUCAGUUUUGAGUGCGAAGUUACUGUAAACACUCCAGAGCUGGACGGUCGCCUGGCUAGCUCGCUAGCUAGCUAUCUUUCUUAAGUAGUUAGCUAGCUAGCUAGCUGCGUUUUCCGAGCCAGCCAAGUGAAAGAAAGAAAAGAAGGGAAAGAAAGAAGCAACCGAAAAGGAAAAUGGAGUUGGAGGACGGAGUCCUUUAUCAGGAGGACUCGGGAAGUUCGUCCAUGAUGUCGGAGAGGGUGUCCGGCUUGGCGAGCUCCAUCUACCGCGAGUUCGAGCGCCUGAUAGGAAAGUACGACGAGGACGUGGUGAAGGAGCUGAUGCCGCUGGUGGUGGCCGUGCUGGAGAACCUGGACUCGGUGUUCGCGGAGAACCAGGAGCAUGAGGUGGAGAUCGAGCUGCUGAAAGAGGACAACGAGCAGCUCAUCACUCAGUACGAGCGGGAGAAAGCGCUGAGGAAAGGCGUCGAGGAGAGGUAUAUGGAGAUUGAGGACUUACAGGAGCAAGAGAGGAAAGAUCUGCAAAGCAAAGUGACGAUGCUGGAGGGCCAGACCAGACAGAUGGAGCUCAAGACCAAGAACUACGCAGACCAGAUUGGAAGAUUAGAGGAACGUGAAUCAGAACUGAAGAGAGAGUACAAUGCCCUCCAUCAUCGACACACUGAGAUGAUCCACAGUUACAUGGAGCAUCUGGAGCGUACCAAAAUGCAGCAGCUGACAGGGGUGGAAGCCACAGACACUAGCACUUUGAGCAGACAUAAAAAGGAGCGGCCUGUGUCUCUGGGGAUCUUCCAGCUGCAGAGCGGUGAUGUGAGGACCCCCGAACUGCAGAGGGAGCAAGUAGCGACUCCAGGGACGGACGCAUGGAGGUUCAACGACUUGAGUCAUCCUCAUUCCAACACCAGCCUCAAGCUGGAAGCAGCUGAAAGCAAGAAUAAGAGUUCACACAAGACUUUGGAUUUCCCCUGGACUGAUAUCAGUAAGGAUGAACUCUCAGACGCUAAUCAGAGAGGCUCUAAAUCGGCUACGCCGAUGUCCACAGCACCCUCAGACGCUGCCUCAGCAUCCGUAGAAGUGUCCCAGACUGAGAAGUCGGAGGGACUGAACAGGAACCUGAACUCCAGCAGCAGAAAGCCAGACAGCAGUAAGAACAUUAAAGUACAGGAAGCUGGAGCAACAGAGGUGCCUCCUAAAGAUGUCAUUGAGAACACUGAGAAAUCAGAGGUGCAGGCGAUUAUUGAGUCGACCCCUGAACUUGACAUGGACCUGAGUGGCUGCAAAGGCUCCAGCACUCCUACUAAGGGGAUUGAGAACAUGGCUUUUGAUCGCAACACUGAUUCCCUGUUUGAGGAGCUCUCGUCAGCAGGCACGGACCUCAUCGGAGAUGUUGACGAGGGUGCUGAUCUGCUGGGUAUGGGUCGUGAAGUAGAACACCUGAUCCAGGAGAAUGCCCAGCUCCUAGAGACAAAAAAUGCUCUUAAUGUAAUGAAGAAUGACCUAAUUAGUCAUGUGGAUCAGCUGACCUGUGACAAUGAGGUUCUACAGGGUGAGAUGGAAGUCCUUAGGCAGGCAAAAGACAAACUGGAGGAGAAGAACAAGGAGUUGGAGGAGGAGAUUAAAAGGGUUCGGGCAGAGUUAGAGGUGGCCAAACAGAAGACAAAAGAGGACGAUGAUAGUGACGUUCCCACAGCCCAGCGCAAGCGCUUCACACGGGUGGAGAUGGCCCGAGUCCUAAUGGAGAGGAACCAGUACAAGGAGAGACUGAUGGAGCUGCAAGAGGCUGUUAGGUGGACAGAGAUGAUUCGGGCCUCAAGAGAGAACCCAGCCCUGACUGAGAAGAAAAAAUCCAGUAUCUGGCAAUUUUUUAGCAGGCUCUUCAGCUCGUCCUCCAGUGGUGCAGCCAAAAAGCCAGAGGCUCCUGUUAAUGUUAAGUACAACGCCCCCACCUCACACAUUGUGCCCUCCGUUAAGAAGAGGAGCAGCACCCUUGCUCAGCUGCCCAGUGACAAAUCAAAGGCUUUUGACUUCCUCAAUGAUGAUCCGGAGGUGGAAAACAUCGUGUCACGUAGAGAACAGAAGAGAGCUCAGUACCAGCAGGUGAAGGCUCAUGUCCAGAAAGAAGACGGUAGGAUACAGGCCUAUGGCUGGAGUUUGCCUCAGAAAUAUAAGGUUUCCAAUGGUGCACAGGGAGACAGUAAGGUGAAGAAUUUACCAGUCCCUGUUUACCUCAGACCUUUGGAUGAGAAAGAUGCUUCCAUGAAGCUGUGGUGUGCUGCUGGUGUGAAUCUGUCAGGAGGAAAGACCCGUGAUGGAGGUUCUAUUGUAGGAGCGAGUGUGUUUUAUAGAGAUGUCUCAGGACUGGAGAGUGGCAGUCUGAGCCCCCGAAAGGCAAGAGGCUCUCAGAGCAGUUUAGACAAACUGGAGCAGGAGCUCAAGGAGCAGGAGAAAGAGCUGAGGCAGCAGGAUGAGCUUUCCAGUCUGGUGUGGAUCUGCACCAGCACUCACACCACCUCCAAGGUCAUAGUGAUUGAUGCCAACCAGCCUGGAAAAAUCCUGGAGAACUUCUUCGUCUGUAACUCUCACUUGCUCUGCAUCUCCAGUGUGCCAGGUGCUCGGGAGACAGAUUACCCUGCUGGUGAAGAAGUGCCUGCAAACAGCGAUGCAGGUGGGGCUGAGGGGGCGUCACAGACUGGCGUUGCAGCCAACAGCAGCUCCGCUGGCUCUGAGCGUGUUCUGGAUGGCAUCACUGUGGUUGGCUGCUCUGUCGAGGGAGCUGUCGCUGUUCCCCAAACUGCAGGCACAGACUCCCUUGAUGGUGACGUGUUGGAGCAGCGCAGGCAGGUCGGAGUGGCUGCAGCUGAAGAGGCCUUGGAGGCCACAGAGAGCAGCAACACCACGCCUGCAGAGGAAGGCCAGCCUGGGAUCUACACUGAACAUGUGUUUACUGAUCCUCUGGGAGUCCAGAACAAUAGAGACACACUGUCCUCUUACACACAGAGGGAAUGUGAUCUUGUAAAAGAUGGGGUGAGUUUAAUACCCGACGAGCAAGACCUGAUGAGAGAGGAGGCUAACAAAAUGAGUAGUGUUCUGCCCACUAUGUGGCUGGGGGCGCAGAAUGGCUGUAUCUAUGUCCACUCCUCAGUCGCACAAUGGAAGAAAUGUCUUCACUCAAUAAAGCUGAAGGAUUCUAUUUUGGGGAUUGUACACGUUAAAGGAAGGGUUUUAGUGGCCUUGGCUGAUGGCACACUGGCAAUAUUCCACAGAGGAGUAGACGGUCAGUGGGAUCUGACCAACUACCACCUGUUGGAUCUGGGCCGGCCGCAUCACUCCAUCCGCUGCAUGACGGUGGUGCAUGAUAAAGUGUGGUGUGGGUACAGGAACAAGAUCUACGUUAUCCAGCCCAAAGCGAUGAAAAUAGAGAAGUCCUUUGAUGCCCACCCACGCAAGGAGAGCCAAGUGCGGCAACUAGCCUGGGACGGAGACGGCAUUUGGGUGUCUAUCCGUUUAGAUUCCACACUUCGGCUGUUCCAUGCACACACCUACCAACAUCUGCAGGACGUCGACAUAGAGCCAUACGUCAGCAAGAUGCUGGGCACUGGUAAACUGGGCUUUUCCUUUGUGAGGAUCACAGCACUGAUGGUCUCGUGUAACCGCCUGUGGGUCGGAACAGGGAACGGCGUCAUCAUCUCUAUUCCUCUCACAGAGACAAAGACAGUCACCCAGGGAACGUCCAACCGGCCAGGCGGCGUGAUCCGUGUCUAUGGUGAUGAAAACAGCGAUAAAGUGACAGCGGGCACGUUUGUCCCUUUCUGCUCCAUGGCCCAUGCACAGCUCUGUUUCCAUGGCCACCGAGACGCAGUCAAGUUCUUCACUGCUGUUCCAGGCCAUGUUAUCCCAUCUGCUGGAGCAGGAGGCGAGGCAGGCGGUGACAAGCCAGCAGCAGACUCGCCCACACCAGAGUUCUCUAAGUCAGUCCUAGUUAUGAGCGGUGGAGAAGGCUACAUUGACUUCAGAAUGGGCGAUGAAGGAGGUGAGGGGGAGGACCUGACUGAACCCACUCUGAAGCUGCAGCCUUUCCUGGCAAAAGCAGAGCGCAGUCACCUUAUAGUGUGGCAGGUCAUGGUCAAUGAAGACUGAGCUUCGAUGCUUUUACACUCGGGCAGCCAUUGCCAGCCAAACAUUUCAAAAAGAGUUGCCCUUCUGUGUAUGUGUUCUUAUUUCUUUUUGAUUUUAUGUCUUUAGCUGAAGGGCCACAGUUAUUGCGUCCAGCUAUCAGGAAGUUGCAUUCAAGUCUUUGCACAUUCACUUUUGUGGCAAUACGAGUCUCAAUUCUGCGUGCACCUAAACAGAUGGAUCCAUCCAUCCAUCCAUCAAACGCAUCUAAGGCUGUGACGGCAGCACUGAUGUGAACAGUCUGGACAAUCCAGCGGGGGAGUUUUUGUAUUUUAAAGGUUCUUUUCCAGCCAGUUUUGCUUUCUUUCAUGGGUUUUUUUCCAAUUCACAAAAUAGCUGUCUGUCUGUCGCAGUCAAAUCAAGAUAUCCAUCAACACAGUGCACAAGUAGACAAUUGUUAAUUGAAAUACUGUGUUCUGUGUAAAUAGCUGUUGCAAGUGGCUGGAGGGUGAAAUGUUUGAACAGCGAAAAGUACCUUCUUAAGAAAUAGCUGCUCCUAGGCUAAGUCAAGGCUUGCAAAAAGCUUGCAUGCCCUAGUGCCUGCUCUUGUCUUUAGGCUGCUGUGCUGUAUUCUAAACCGCCCCACCAUUCUCCAAUUUUUUUCUUCCCAGAUAAUAUCGAGAGACACAAAACAAAGCAGCAUUUUCAUCUGUUGUACUUGCAUAUAUAUGCUGUUCUGUGAUUACAGAAAGGGUUGAUAAAUGGCAGAGUAUCUAUUUAUAUAUUAAUGUUAAAUUUACCAAAGGAAUUCAGAAAAUUUGUAAUAAUUUUGUAUGACUGUGGAUGAUCAGAUCAUGCCCUUCUGAAAAUAGGAACAGAUUUAACUCAAUACAUCAGUCAUAGUUCAAAGGAAACCUGUUAUGCAGUAUUGCUAGGAUCAUGAACUGGUCAUAGGCACAGUGGGGAUUUUUCUUUUCACUGCUUGGUUUCCUCAAAAGAGCACCUCUCUUGUGUGUAGAUUUAGAGACUAAAUGCCUAUUUUUAUUACACUUUUGUACCUUUUGUCUUUUAGACUCUAACCACAGGCCUCUAGUGCGCUAAAAGAGUUGGCUAACAUUUUGCUGAUGUUAUGCUGCUGUUAUGCUAGUGUGGGUGUACUGGAGGGGCUUUUCUGCAGUCGUUCCUCUUCUCCACGAGAGGAGAAAUGGCUUUACAUUGCAACUGUAGCCAUCUCAGUAUUUAUUUCUAUGAAUGAGCCUUUGCAGAUAAGAAUGUAACUUUGUAUAUUGAAUAUAAAUAUAUAUGAAAUAUAAAUAUGUACAUGAAACAUAGUUGGCUUGGAUUUGUUGUUUUGAUAGAUUAUCCUUAGUAGUGGUUACUUUAAUGGUUGUUUGAUAUGCGAAUGGAAGACUCGGAAUGAUUAACCCUAGAAAUGUACAUUUACUGAGCUAUGCACUAUUUUAUAAAGACCCAGAGUGUGAAUGUUUUUGUUUCUCUGCAGGUAUGUAUGUGAGUGUUGGAUGUUUUGAGUGUAUUUGCUGGGUAUGUAGAGUUGUGUGUAUGUUGUACUGUAAUCCUCCAGGCCACUCCAGAUCAGUGCGUGUAAAGAUGGGUGUGGCUGCAAAUGUCCCACCCGAAGCCCACUGUAAGGUUACGGUGAAAUCGCCUGUCCCUCAGACAUGUACAGUGCCCUAUUCCCAUCAAAGCAUCUUAGCCUUACACUUUUUUUAACAUCUAUUAAACUGACAUUUUGGGGAAAA